UAGUCUCUAAGGGUGGACGACGCUACACACCCUGAUUGGAAUAAAAAAUCCUAGCUAAACAUUUAACGUCAAUGCAAAACGGUGUCAGUGCAAUUCGUGACGUCGACAAGCGCGGAGCACGUAAUACACAAAAACAGCAACAACGCGAACGCCGAAGACGAGAACUCGUAACGCGAACAAACACAAACAGUGAACUAUGCACUGAGCAAAGUAUUUAACUCGGUUACUGGUUGAGUGCAGCAGGAAGCCGAGCAAAUUAAAAUAAUAUUAACGACUUUUUAUACUGAUUCAUAUGUGAACUUGCAACAACGCCGCAAUUGGUUGGUGGAAAAUCACACCAAAUAUAUGCACAAGCAGAAUUUUCGUAGAUAUUCGCAUUCGUGUGAUUUCGCAGACAUACAUACGGGUGUGUAGUGAGCUUUAACGUGUCUCAAACUGUACUGCAGUACACUUAAGUAUACGUAUGUGUGCGCCAUAUGCAAAUAAGUUAACUACAAAUAAAUAAAAAAACGCAUCGAUUUCGCCCACAAGCCAAUUAAAAAGUGGAACAUCCAUAGUACGAAUAGAGAGUGUGAUCUUUAGUGGGGGCCCUCAACCGUGUAUGUGAGCGCGCGGUGACACAACUUGAACCCGAUACUCUCGUAUUCAACGCGACGUUUAAUUAGUAAUUUAUUAGCGUUAUAAUGGAUUUCUAUACGAAGGCAGAACGUCACAACGACAAAGACGGCGUGCGCAAAAUGGACACACAAUUGGUGUGGGCACGCGAUCCCGUCGAGGGCUAUAUACAGUGUCGCAUCUCGGAGAUCGGUGCUAAGGAGUUCGAGGUAACACCCGUCGAUCGGAAAUAUCCAAAACGUUCCUGUCAUGUCGACGAUAUAUUCUCAUCGUGCGAUGGCCCUCAAGAUCAUGACGACAAUUGUGAACUUAUGCUGCUGAAUGAAGCAACAUUUUUGGAUAAUUUAAAAACACGUUACUAUAAAGAUAAAAUUUAUACAUAUGUGGCCAACAUACUAAUUGCUGUGAAUCCCUAUCGUGAAAUCAGUGAUCUCUACUCAUCAGCUACAAUUAAGCAGUAUACUGGACGUUCCUUGGGCGAAUUGCCGCCACAUGUGUUUGCGAUAGCUGAUAAGGCCAUACGCGAUAUGCGCGUACUCAAAUCGUCACAAUCAAUUAUCGUAUCUGGCGAAUCGGGUGCUGGCAAAACAGAAUCCACCAAGUAUCUGCUGAAGUAUUUGUGUCAUUCCAGCGACAGUGCCGGACCGAUUGAGCAAAAAAUUCUAGAUGCCAAUCCCGUGCUGGAGGCUUUUGGUAAUGCGAAGACUACGCGCAACAACAACUCGUCGCGUUUCGGCAAGUUCAUUGAAGUGCACUAUGACGCCAAGUGUCAAGUGGUUGGCGGCUAUAUUUCCCAUUAUCUGCUGGAGAAGAGUCGCAUAUGCACGCAGAGUUCGGAGGAGCGCAACUAUCAUGUAUUCUAUAUGCUGCUCGCAGGUGCGCCGCAACAGCUGCGCGAUAAGCUCAAUUUGGGCAAACCGGAUGAUUAUCGGUAUCUCUCCGGCUGUACACAGUAUUUUGCCAAUGCCAAAACGGAACAACUGAUUCCGGCUGCGCAAAAAUCCACAAAUCACGUGAAAAAAGGACCGCUUAAGGAUCCCAUAAUAGAUGAUUACAAUCAUUUUCAAAAUCUCGAUCGCGCACUGGGUCGUCUGGGUUUGAGCGAAGUGAAUAAGCUGGAAAUCUAUUCGCUGGUGGCCGCCGUUUUGCAUUUGGGUAAUAUUGCCUUUGAAGAGAUUCCCGAUGAUGCGCGUGGUGGCUGUCAAGUGUCAGAAACUUCGGAGAAAUCACUGACCAUUACAUCGAAACUCUUGGGUGUGGACCCGUCGGAGUUGAGACAAGCGCUGGUAUCGCGCGUGAUGCAAAGCAAGGGUGGCGGCUUUAAGGGCACAGUAAUUAUGGUACCCUUGAAGAUUUACGAGGCCAGCAAUGCGCGUGAUGCACUUGCCAAAGCAAUAUACAGUCGUCUGUUUGAUCGCAUUGUUGCUUUAAUUAAUCAAAGCAUUCCCUUCCAAGCCUCCAACUUCUACAUUGGCGUCUUGGAUAUCGCCGGUUUCGAGUACUUCACUGUGAAUUCGUUCGAGCAAUUCUGCAUUAAUUAUUGCAAUGAGAAACUGCAGAAAUUCUUCAACGACAACAUACUCAAGAACGAGCAAGAGCUGUACAAGAGCGAGGGUUUGAAUGUGCCGGAAAUCACAUUUACCGAUAAUCAGGAUAUCAUCGAUUUAAUCGAAGCGAAGUCGAACGGCAUUUAUACGCUCUUGGAUGAGGAGUCGAAGCUGCCGAAGCCGUCGGCACCGCACUUCACCGCCGAGGUGCACAAGGCGUGGUCAAAUCACUACCGUUUGGGUUUGCCGCGCUCAUCGCGCUUGAAGGCGCAUCGCACGCUAAGGGAUGAGGAUGGUUUCCUGGUGCGCCACUUUGCUGGCGCUGUCUGCUACAAUACGGAGCAAUUUAUUGAGAAAAACAAUGAUGCUUUGCAUGCUUCGCUGGAGGGUUUGGUGCAGGAGUGCGAGAACCCGCUGCUAAAAACACUAUUUCCAUCGGGCAGCAACACAGCAUUGCGUGGCAAAUUGAAUUUCAUAUCUGUUGGCUCCAAAUUCAAAUCGCAACUCGCCGAAUUGAUGGAGAAAUUAGAGAAGAAUGGCACUAAUUUCAUACGUUGCAUCAAGCCAAACAGCAAAAUGAUCGAUCGCGAUUUCGAGGGUGGCUUAGCUUUGGCACAACUCAAAUGCUCCGGCACAAUUUCGGUGCUGGAGCUCAUGGAGCAUGGAUAUCCGUCGCGCGUGCAGUUCGCCGAUUUGUAUAACAUGUACAAAUCGGUUCUGCCACCUGAGUUAGCCAAGUUGCCGCCACGCACUUUCUGCGAGGCCAUGUUGCAAUCGCUCAAUCUCAGCUCAAAGGAUUUCAAGUUUGGCGUGAAGAAGGUAUUCUUCCGCCCUGGCAAGUUCGUUGAAUUCGAUCGCAUUAUGAAAUCUGAUCCAGAAAAUCUGUUGGCGAUCGUGGCUAAGGUCAAGAAAUGGUUGAUACGUUCACGCUGGGUGAAGUCGGCACUCGGCGCUGUGUGUGUGAUCAAGUUACGUAAUCGCAUCAAGUAUCGCAACAAUUGUGUUCUACUUAUACAACGCACUGUGCGUGGCUAUUUGGCGCGCAAACAGCAUCGUCCGCGCUAUCAAGGCAUCGCAAAGAUCAACAAAAUCCGCAUUAAUGCGCAAAAGACUAUUGAAAUUGCCGGUGGCCUGAAGAAGGGUCGCGAUGAGUUUAUUAACGAAGUGAAUGGUAUAAAUCGCCAAGUGGACGAAGCCAUAAAAACGAUUAAGUUCUUUUUAUUUCAGACAAACGAGAAAAUAUCCUCAAGAGAAAUCGAUGGCCUCUACACCGUCGUUAUGGCCAAUAUGAAUAAGCUCACUGUUGAUUUGAACUCCAAAUUGAAGGAACAAAAGCAGGCAGAAGAGCAAGAACGUCUGCGCAAAAUACAGGAAGCGCUCGAGGCAGAACGACGCGCCAAGGAGGAGGAAGAGCGCAAGAAACUUGAAGAGGAAGAAAACAAACGACUCAAAGCUGAAAUGGAAUCGCGCCGAAAGGCCGAAGAGCUGCAGCGGCUUAGACAAGAGGAGGAGGAUCGCAGGGCCGCUUUGGCGUUGCAAGCACAACUGGAGAAGGAAGCACAAGACGACGCCAAGUACAGGCAGCAAUUGGAGCAGGAACGGCGUGAUCAUGAAUUGGCAUUGCGUUUGGCCAACGAAACCAAUGGCAUGGUUGAGGAAAGUCCACCGGUUAUACGCAAUGGUCAAAGUGAUGUGUCGCCCAUGGCUCCCAACAAACUUAUCAGAUCUGAAAACGUCCGCGCUCAACAACAGGCGUUGGGUAAGCAGAAAUACGAUUUGUCUAAAUGGAAAUACUCGGAGUUACGUGAUGCUAUUAACACAUCCUGUGAUAUUGAGUUGCUCGAAGCUUGCCGUCAAGAGUUCCAUCGCCGCUUGAAGGUCUACCACGCCUGGAAGGCAAAGAAUCGCAAACGCACCACCAUGGAGGAGAAUGAGCGGGCACCGAAGAGCGUGAUGGAAGCAGCUUACAAGGCACCACCUUUGGCUCAUCCGAAACAGGAAAUCACUACUGCUCAGCAUCGUUACUUCCGUAUACCAUUCAUGCGUGCAAAUGCGCCCGAAAACAGUGAGCACAACUUUAAAAUUAUAAUAUUAUUAUUUUUUUUUUUAAUUUACUCUUCAUUAGCUAAACGCGGUCUCUGGUAUGCACACUUUGAUGGACAAUGGAUAGCGCGACAAAUGGAGUUGCACGCAGACAAGCCGCCCAUACUGCUGGUGGCUGGCGUGGAUGACAUGCAAAUGUGCGAACUUAGUCUGGAGGAGACCGGUUUAACACGCAAACGUGGCGCUGAGAUUUUGGAGCAUGAAUUUAAUCGUGAAUGGGAACGCAACGGCGGCAAACCUUAUAAAAAUCUGGGUGCUAAUAAUAACUAAAAUAUAGCUAAGCAUGUUCCCACAGUCGUACACGUGUACGCGCAAAGAAGUAAGGCAGUAAGGAAAAGGAAAUAUGUGGACUAAUUGAAAACAGUUUAUAUAGGGGUCAACUAUUAAGUUGAUGAGAUUGAGUAAAUCAAAAGUAGUGAUUAAAUAAAUUAUUACAGAAAUUGUAUGUGUAUUUUUGCAAAACGAUUUUUUAAUAAUCAAACAAAGAACCGUCA